UUAGAGCUGGAGCUAUGGGACACCGCCGGUCAGGAGGACUUUGACCGACUCAGACCCCUGUCCUAUCCGGACACCGAUGUCCUGCUACUAUGUUUCAGUAUCGUAUCGCCCGACUCCCUGUCCAACGUAUUUGACAGAUGGGUGCCCGAGGUGAAAAAGUUUUGCCAGGACGUGCCCAUCAUACUGGUGGGCACUAAACGCGAUUUGCGUACCGACGCCCAAGUGGUGGACAGUUUGCGGCGAAUGCAACAAAAACCCAUUAGUUUUACGGAUGGCUGCAACGCGGCCGAGGAUAUGGGCGCCUAUGGGUACUGCGAGUGCUCCUCCAGACAUAAUGAGGGCAUAGUCCAGGUGUUUGAUAUGGCCAUCGAGGCGGCCCUCAAGUCCAAGAAA